AGAGUACGGGACGGGAACGGGAUAGCGAAGCCCUCACGCCGCCGGAACCCCACCACCUCCCAAUCCGGAAGCGAAUAAACGCCGCAGGAUUCCGACCGCGGUCCGUACCCCAGCGUCGGCGUCCCCCGAUUGGUUCCAAACCUUGCGGCUUGAUUCGUGCGAUCGGAGCUGGUUUGGCGGGAAGGCUCUCGCUUUCCUGCCGGCGCUUCAGCUGGAGCGAUUGGGGGUUCGGUCGGUGUUCAUGUUCUAGGGGUGGGGGCGUCAGAGUUGUCGGCGUUUUCUUUUUCGUUUCACUGGUGGCUGCCGCAGCCAAUCGAGACUGCUCCUGUUUCCUAUCUAUGGCCCAAUCGCUUUAGUUUUUGCUCUGAUUUCAAUCCUGAUUUCGCUGUGUUAGUCUGGCGAAACAAAUUGCAAGCUGAUUUCGGGAAUAUUUUCAGCUUACCCUGAUUUCGCUGCAAUUUGCUGAAAUCGCUGAGCCAUCAUCGCUGCUUGCGUGAUCUGAUAGCUGCUGAAGCGGGGGCAGUUGCCGCUGGCUGCUGGUUGGGGUUGAAUUUGGAUAGAGAAGUCUUGGAAAGGCGCAGCCUUUUUUGGUGACCAUGACGCUACUUGAGGAGUUGAUCCGGGCGAUAGAGCUCUGGCUGCGGAUUGUCAAGGAGCAGGUGCCCUUGGUCGAUCCAACCCUUGACCCGGUGCUACUUGUUCCUGGUAUUGCCGGCUCCAUCCUUGAAGCUGUUGAUGAGGCUGGGAACAAGGAGAGGGUGUGGGUGCGCAUCCUUGCUGCGGAGCAUGAGUUCCGGGAGAAGCUCUGGUCCAGAUUUGAUGCCUCCACUGGUAGAACUGUUUCUGUGAAUGAGAAAACAAGAAUUACCGUCCCCGAGGAUAGAUAUGGUUUGUAUGCCAUUGACACAUUAGACCCAGACAUGAUCAUAGGCGAUGAGACUGUGUACUACUAUCAUGACAUGAUAGUGGAAAUGAUUAAAUGGGGAUAUCAAGAAGGAAAAACUCUCUUUGGGUUUGGUUACGAUUUCCGCCAAAGCAAUAGGCUCUCAGAGACCCUUGACAGAUUUUCCAAAAAGCUGGAGUCAGUUUACACAGCUUCUGGUGGGAAAAAGAUAAAUCUCAUUACUCACUCAAUGGGGGGAUUAAUCGUCAAAUGUUUCAUAUCUCUGCACAGCGAUGUAUUUGAAAAAUAUGUUAAGAGUUGGAUUGCAAUUGCUGCACCAUUCCAAGGUGCCCCUGGGUACAUAACUACUAGUCUGCUGAAUGGAAUGUCUUUCGUUGAAGGAUGGGAAUCAAAAUUCUUUAUUUCAAAGUGGUGUAUGCAACAAUUGCUACUUGAGUGCCCAUCAAUCUAUGAGUUGUUGGCAAACCCAAACUUCCAGUGGAAAGACACUCCACUGCUACAGAUUUGGAGAGAGAAUUUGGAUAACAAUGGUAAGAAAAGUGCCCUGUUGGAGUCGUAUGAGCCUGCGGAAGCAAUAAAGAUGAUUGAAAAGGCUCUUUCCAACAAUGAGAUCAUUGCUGAUGGGAUGCAUAUUUCUGUGCCCCUUAAUUUGGAUAUAUUAAAGUGGGCAAAGGAAACUCAUGAUAUUUUGUCCAGUGCAAAGCUUCCAGAAUCAGUGAAGUUCUACAAUAUAUACGGGACUGAUUAUGACACUCCACAUACUGUCUGCUAUGGUAGUGAACACCAUCCGGUUUCAAAUCUUAGUCACCUUUUAUAUGCUCAGGGAAAAUAUGUCUAUGUUGAUGGUGAUGGAUCUGUCCCAGUAGAAUCAGCAAAGGCGGAUGGGCUUAAUGCAGUGGCAAGAGUUGGGGUUGCAGCUGACCACCGAGGAAUCGUCUGCAGCCACCACGUAUUCCGGAUUGUCCAGCACUGGCUGCAUGCUGGAGAACCUGAUCCGUUCUACAAUCCCCUGAACGACUAUGUCAUACUCCCAACAGCCUAUGAGAUCGAGAAGCAUCAUGAGAAACGUGGGGAUCUCACAUCAGUUUCAGAGGACUGGGAGAUCAUCUCCCCGAGCGACGGCGAAACCAUGAGGCCAGCUGAGUUAGCUCCUAUGGUCGGCACGUUAACUGCAAGUCGUGAGGGCAAGGAGGGCACACUGGAAGAGGCACAGGCGACCAUCGUUGUUCACCCAGAGAACAAGGGGCGGCAGCAUGUGGAAGUUAGGGCUGUUGGUGUCAGCCAUGGUGGCUAGGCGUAGGAACCACGUUGGUUGUUUGGCAGCUAAACCUCUGGGCACGGUAACACACACUGUAAAGUGCAUGUACAUAUGGGCUACGGCCUCUGUUGGAAAUUUGUGUUUAGAGCUGUAAAAAUGUUUAUUCUGCGUGUAAAUGUUCAGAACUGAAUGAGCAAAGUGGUGUUUGGAAUACAACUCCCUCGCAAAUAAUUUGCUUA